AUGUCAGCCAGCCUUUUCCCAGCCCACCAGCGCCCGGGGCGGCUGGAUGAGCUGCUCGGCAGAGCCCCGCAAGUGCCCCGCCCGGAGGGGCUGCUGGGCACCUCGGUGCUGGAUUUCGUGGCCGAUCUCUCCCUGGGCAACCCCCAGGGAGUCCCCGGCGCUGGGGCGGGCCUGGGGCUCUGCGAGGUCACCACCGGGCCUCACUUCGGGGACAGAGUCCUGUCGCUUCGGGAAGGGAUGGUCCGAGGUUUGCCCCUGGCUGCUUUCGAAAAUGGAGAUCCCGAAGACGAAGAGGAAGAGGAAAGGAUGCGCAGCGCUUCCCCUCUGGACAGACCUAGGAGAAAACGGGUCAUCACCUACGCCCAGCGCCAGGCUGCCAACAUACGGGAGAGGAAGAGGAUGUUCAACCUCAACGAGGCGUUUGAUCAGCUCAGGAAGAAGGUGCCCACCUUCGCCUACGAGAAGAGGCUCUCUCGGAUAGAGACCUUGCGCCUGGCCAUAGUGUACAUCUCCUUCAUGACUGAGCUCCUGGACGGAUGCAGCAGACAGGAGGCGAGCUAGGGAGCGCCCGGGCCCGGCGGGAUUCGGCUGGGGCCGGGCAUCACCCGAGGCAGUGAGCAGGUGGCCUCGGAUCCUCCCUCCUGGGGAAACAUCCGUGGCUCUCGCACAGCAACCAGGACCGUGUAGGUGUGGGAUACAAAACCAGGAGUGUUUGCAGAAGCGUGCACCGAGGAGUCGGGGAGAAGAUGGAUGGAGGGGCUCACUGUGUUGCAGACUUGUUAAUAUUUAUAAUUUUUGUAAACGGAACGGGGUGGGGGUGUGGGGGGAAAUGAAGGUUCGAGGCCCCUUGGUUUGUGUUAUGUUGCCUGCUUGCUUUAAUAUCUUUCCAAUUUGUUGCUUUGGAGAAAGACUGGGCCGGGGCAGUGGAGCCCUUCCAACGUGAGGAACGGGUUUCCAGCGGGUUCAGUUCCUGCCCAGCUGCUUGCCAGGGAAAAAUCGGCCUGCGCAUUUUAACCCAGCGCUUUCUGCCUUUUAAAAAAUAAACAACUCCCUUUUCUUUGAAAUCCGGUCUGCCAAGUCCACGCAGUGUGUCACGAGGCCAGGGAAGGCGAACAUCUGGAUACAACCGCUUGUUGUCACGAUUUUCUUCCCGGGAACGGCUCUGU